CUUCGCCGUCACAAACAAAGCACGCUUGGCUUUAUUGGCCCGACUUCAUACAAGACUAUAGCCUCAGACCUUCUCCCUCCCUACAUCAUGGCAGAAGAUUCAGACGUUGUCCCGAGAGAUACAAACAAGCUGCCCAUCCACCAUGGUCAUCUUCUCGGAGAGGACCUUCUCGAGGACGAUCUGCCUGGACACGAGGCCCUGGACGACGGUCCCGCGGAGGACAUCCAGGGGGUCAAGACUGUUACUGGAUACGCUCCAGCACUCAAAUCGAACCCGCUGCCCCGAGUAGAAGCGGAGAAACUCCUGGAGGUUGUCCUAGGACUCAAGUUCCCCUCCCUCGGGCCAUCAAAAGGUGGGAUCAAACGCUGGUCUUCCCCUGCUCGCGAAGACUUUGCAAAGGCUCACCCUGAUAUUGCACACAACGCCGUCUUCGUCUCGAUCGACUUUGAGAGCCUCUCUUGGAUGGAUGACACGGAACACCCUGAGUACGGAAAGAUCACGGAAUUAGGCCUGGCCUUUCUCGACACUCGGGCACUCAAAGGUGUGACUAGCCAAACAAAUUGGGUGGAAGAAAUCCGCGCAAAGCAUUACAUCGUCGACGAGUACGCCCAUCUCCGGCCGAUGGUGGUGGAUAAGCGCAAGCACUCUCUCGCCAACGCGGAUAAAUUCGAUUACGGGGCUAGCGAAAUCGUGCCGUUCGAUGCUCUCGGUAAUAUCUUGAAGAACGCGUUGCGUAUCCCGGACGACGCUGCGUCGGCUGCUGGGAAGGAGAGCAUGGAGGUUAAGUACCGCCCAAUCAUCCUCGUGGCCCACGCGUAUCAGAACGAGGACAACUACCAACGCAGCGAACUAGGCUUGUCCGAUGCCGACCUCGACGUCCUCUACGCCAUCAUCGACACCCAGGUCAUGAUGUGCGGAAGAGGGCAGAAAGCGCCAGGCCUUAGACAAUUACUGGAGACCAGGUUCGGCAUCCACCCCGUAAACAUGCAUAACGCCGGCAACGAUGCUGUCUAUACCCUCGUCUUGGUCCUGGCGCGCGUGGCGAAGAAGGGAUACGGAGUGGACGAGAAGAGCGACGUUGCGGACAAGUGGCUAGAUGCCCUGAAGAUAAAGAUUGCAGAAGAAGCUGGGGGGAGAUGUGAGAACUGUGGUGGGCUUGGACACUUGGACGAAGCGUGUGAGGAGCCAAAGGGGGCGGGGCUGCAUGACGUCGCGAAGGCUCUUGCGAGGUUAAGGCUAGAUAGGGACGACGCUGUGCAGGAGUUCGAACGGACGGCAUGUGCUCCUCCUCGCGACGCUGAGCCCACCUUCGGUGAUGAGCCUGCUGAGCCUACUGUCCCAGAUGCUGGUCCAGUAGAUGAUGCAGAGCGCUGA